AUGGACAGUUUGCUUGAACGAGCUGAGAAGGAGAAGCUGAGUUUAUCAAAGCAGUUGGAGUACAAGCGUUUUCAGCUGAUAGCUGAGACGGAUAAGCUCUUGCAAUGUGAACGGAGACUCAGUGAGUCGCAGGCCACUGUGUCAAAGCUUCAGGCAGUCAACGUGCGUCUCCAGGUGAAACUGCAGGCCAGAGAUGUCCAACAAGGUGACAAAAACCAGCAGAGCAAUGAUACUGUAAAUGCCACAGGAGCCAGAAUAGAGAAGAUAGCACUGAAGCCUCCUACAAAGGAAGCUUUCAGUCUAAAGGAACACAAUAUUUCCAAACGCACUGAAGCAAAAACUAGUAAUAACGAAUUGAAGGUCAAUGAAGGAAAAUUUAGUACACUACCAGAAAAGAGUGAUGAAGUUGUGAUAGAGAAGAAGAGAACAAGACUUGUGUCUUUCAGCCCUUCCUCAAUAGACAAAGAAGAAGAAGAAGAAGAAAGAGGAACUAUAGACGAACCACAAUGUGCUAAGCCCAUUCCAGGAGGUCGAAAGAGGGGAAUACAAAACCAGAAACGCUUGGUUGAUGCACAUGCAUAUCAAAGGGAGAACAAUGCAGAAUGCAACCAGCAGUAACCAUUACUCCUGUUUCAUCAUAUCCACAUGCAGUUACGCAUGUUUUGUCUAUGUAUACAGCUCUGAUUUAUGUAUGUGUUACUUCCUUGUUUUGGGUGUCUAAACAAUUGCCUUGUAUUAUUUGUAUUUACUGUAUGAGGAAUGCAUUAUUUAUAUGAUAUAUUAAUGUAUAAUAAGUAUAUAUAAGUAUCUGAUAUAGGCCCUGUUGUACCAUUUCAUCACAUAUUCUAACAGUGCUCCCAUUUUCCUACAUUUGAACAGUUGCCGGUUUCUAAGUAACAAUUUCAUUUGUAACAAUGUGAUAUUUUUUGUUAUAGUGACUGGAAUACUGAUAAAUUGUGUAAUUAUGCUUAGUAGUGGUGAUUAAGGGAAGAAUACAUUGUCUCUGUAAAAUCUAUGCUGCAUUGUACAUCAGUUUGCAUAAUCAUUUGGGAUUGAAAUCAACAUUGCAUCUUCCAUAGCCUCUCAACACGUGACGAGUUGCAAUAACAUAGUACUACUACUACUACUACUACUACCAUAGAUCUCUGCUUUUGUUUUGUGUUCCCGCCAGCUGAUGUUCUGAACUCUCAUAAGAAGCCGAGUGUAUGUGCCAUCAAGCCGGUCCUGCAGGGCCUUCUUCAUGUUCCACGUCUCUAAUCCAUAUGAUCAGAGUUAUGGGUAACAUAGUACACUGUCAAAUUUUUAUUAAAAGUAUCAAGUUUAUUAUUAUGGUGUAUCUGCCUAUCACUGAGUAUUAUUAGCAGUAUUUUAUACUUUUCUGCGUAUAUUUUCAUACCAUUAACGCAUCUGUGCAAUAUGCUGUGAUACAAUGUAUAGAUACUUGCAAAUAGAAUAUUAUAAUAUUAUGAUA